AGACCAAAAUGGCGGACUGGGCGGUUGUCGCUUUCCGGGGUAGUAUCACAUUUACGACCUUAUAGCCAUGCAGAUUCACGUAGCGCAUCAAAUAGCACAGGUUUUGUCGUACCUAAAGCCUACGACAAGGAAAGUUGAGUUUGUCUCGAUGAAGCGUUAUCUGAAGUGAAGAUUGAAGAACAUGGACGACAGCUGCUAUGCUAAGAUGGCGACGAAAAGAGAACAUGAAAGAGAACCAACUUCCAGCAAAUCACCAACGGAGAUAAAGACGAAAACUGCAGAUGAAAAUGAGCUGGCUGAAGUUUCCAACAACGUCAUGUUGGAGGCUAUCGUGAGCCCCGACAAGAGCGUCGAUGAGAAAUUAGCCGACUAUGUCGAAGAACGUAAACAAAGAGCCGCCAUGAUUGUUAGCUUGAAGAAGGCAGUGGAGUUCACAUCAGAGGAGAUGAAAGAAUGCAAAAGUCAAAUGAAGACACUGGGAGAGCAAAACAAGCGCUUGUGUAAAGAAAGUAAAGAUUUGGAAGAAGAUAUUCUGGGGAAGAGUAAGAGAUGUGAAGAGAACAUCCUGCCUGCUGGACCACAUGUCUACAUCAACGUGCAGAGGAUUGGAGACGUACAGCCACUGAUUGGUCAUCAAGAAAAACUUCCCCCUCAGUUGGCAGGAGGGACCUCUUUGAAGCAGAAGACUCCACAGCCACCCCACAUUAAAGAGGAAGAGGAGGAACUCUGGAUCACUCAGGAGGGAGAUUGUCAUCUAGAACCACAGGAAGCUGAUCUCACCAAGUUGCCACUGACUGUUGUCUCUGUGAAGAUUGAAGAUGAUGAAGAGGAACCACAACUGCACAACCUCUUAGCUCCACUAUCAGAAAGUGAGGCUGAAGACGAGGUUGAAGUACCUUUGAGCAGCGAUACAGACUCUGAAGGUGAUCUAAAGACUCACACUGACAACAAACACUCUGAAUACCCUAAAGAAAAGAGAGGUAAAACAUGUUUGAGCUGCUCAGUUUGUGCUAAAAUCUUUAGUCACAGGAGCAAUUUGGCAAAACACGUAAAAACACACACAGGAGAAAAACCAUUUAAAUGUUCAGUUUGCAGGAAAAGCUUUACUCAAAAGAGCAGUUUGACUCACCACAUGAGAACGCAUACAGGAGAAAAACCCUUUAAUUGUUCAAUUUGUGGUAAAAACUUUUCUAUGAAGAAUUAUUUGACUCAACACAUGAGAACACACACAGGUGAAAAACCAUUUAAAUGCUCAAUUUGCUGUAAAAGCUUUACUCAGAAGAGUAGUUUGACUCAACACAUGGGAAUACACACAGGAGAAAAAACAUUUAGAUGUUUAGUUUGUGGCAAAAGAUUCUCUCUCAAAAAUUACUUGACUCAUCACAUGAGAACACACACAGGAGAAAGAAAUUUUAAAUGCUCCUUUUGUUAUAAAAGCUUUACUCAAAAGAACAGUUUGACUGGACACAUAAGAACACACACUGGAGAAAAACUGUUUGAUUGCGCAGUUUGUGGCAAAAGAUUCUCUCUCAAAAAUUACUUGACUCAACACAUGAGAACACACACAGGAGAAAAACCAUUUAGUUGCACAGUUUGUUGUAAAAGUUACACUCAAAAGAGCAGUUUGACUCAACACAUGGGAACACACACAGGAGAAAGACCAUUUAAUUGUUCAGUUUGCGGCAAAAGCUUUUCUCUCAAAAACUAUUUGACUCAACACAUGAGAACGCACACCGAUGAGAAAACACUUGAUUGCUCAGUCUGUUAUCAAAGCUUCACUCAAAAGUGUCAUUUGACUAAACAUGUGAGAACACACAGAGGGAAAAAAACAUUUCAUUGUUCCGUUUGUGGCAAAAGCUUUUCUCAAAGGAGCAGUUUGACUACACACCUAAAAGCGCACACAGCAGAAAAACUGUUGAACUGCUCAGUUUGUUGUAAAGGCUUUCCUAAAAAGUGCAAAUUGAUUCAACACAUGAGAACACACAGAAGGAAAAACAUUUAGCUGUCCAGUUUGUGGUAAAAGAGUCCAUCAGAUGCAGUAAAACACACAAGAACUCACACGGGAGAAUAACCAAUUAGCGAGUGUGUUGCGAGACAAACCCACGGCCUCCUCAUAAUAAGUUCUCUGCUUCUUUCAAAAAUAUUUGAAUAUUUGUUUAAAGUGGGACUAUCUGGAACAUACUCUUAUCUCUUACUCACACCAUGCCUUUAUUGUAUCUGACACUUUCCUGAACAGUAAGACAGAUGAUGUUUGUAGUGCUUGGUUACUCCUUCUUCCGACCAGACCGACCUGAUGAGUCUAGCUGGGGAGGAAUUGUAGUCUUCUUAAGUGAUGCUUUUACCGCCUCCAGAAUGCCUGACUUUGAUCACCAACAACAUGAAUCGAUCUGCCUGAAACUACACCUUCCAGGUCGCCUGGUGUUCAUGUUUUGUGUCUACAUGACUCGGUGUACAAAUAAUCUCCCCAAUUUGCAGCCCAAAACCAAAUAAUUCUAUAAAAGUUGUUAUAAAAUCGUGUUCUUCUGACAUUUUAAAGCAGGGGUCCCCAAACUACGGCCCGCGGGCCAGAUAAGGACCGCCAGCGUCCAAAAUCCGGCCCACAGGAACUCCCAAGUUAAAAAAAAAAAAUAUAUAUAUAUAUAUAUUUUGUUUUAAUUACUUUUUUUUUUUUAAUCUGUCCUUUUUAAUCCAUUUUCUACCGCUUGUUACUCUCUGUGUCUCCUCCCGGCUCAGGCAAAUCAUAUUGUCUAAAAUUUUAUUUUCCCCUUGAUAACGUGACAUCAU